AUGCUGUCCCCCAUGACCAUUCCCAGCAUGUCUUGGAUCCUGCUUUCAUACCUGAUGCUCCUGUCCCAAGUCCAAGGUGAAGACCCUCAGAUGGAACAACCAAGGAUCAGUUGUCCUGGACGCUCCAAAGCCUAUGAUUCCCAUUGCUAUGCCCUUUUUCUGACACCAAAAAACUGGAUGAAUGCAGAUAUGGCCUGUCAAAAGCGGUCUUCAGGGCACCUUGUGUCUUUAACGAAUGCAGCUGAGGGAUCUUUUGUGGCCUCCCUGGUGAAGAGCAUUUCAAACUCUUACGGGAAUAUCUGGAUUGGACUUCAUGACCCCACACUGGGGUUGGAAACCAAUGGUGGUGGAUGGGAGUGGAGUAACAUGUUUGUGUUAAAUUAUUUUGCCUGGGAGAAAGAUCCCUCCACCAUCAUGAACCAUGAGCACUGUGGGAGCCUGUCUCGGACCACAGGAUUCCUGACAUGGAUAGAUUAUAAGUGUGAACAGGAGUUACCCUAUAUUUGUAAAUUCAAGAAUUAG